GCGUGAGAGAGAGGGAGCCAGCUAGCCGAGAGACUAUGAGUGGAGUUAGCUGUUCAUGCACAUAACCAACACACGGCACUGCAGAACUCACAGCAGCUAUUUAUCCAUUUAAUCCUCAAAAUUUCAUUUCAGGGGAUUUUGCCUUCACACGUUGGCGAGCCGAGCCAUUUGUGGGUCAGCCUUGGAGACGGACGCAGCCUUGCUGUUUAAGGGUUUGAACUCCAGCUCCUGGAACUGAGAUUCAGACACCCUGCGAGGACAAAUAAAGAAAAUUGAAUACCCUUUUUUUUAAAUAGACAAAACAGACAUUAACAGAGCAGGGGAUUUUAAUCAGCUGUGGUAGAAACCGAAAAGUCCUAGGAUGUAAUCACUUCUGCAUUUAAAUAAUCAAGCAGCUUUCUGGCAUCUUUUGUUUGGAAAUCCAGAGUGGGCUACUGAUGUUGAGGUGAAGACAUUGUCUUAUGAGGAAAACAUGAGCAGUUUGAGCCUGUCCUUAUUCGGGGAGUUUUGAAGAAUGAGAGGCGAUCCUGCUGAAACUAAUAAAAUACCCACCCCCGGAUUCAAGCUCUUCUUCAUGUGAGAUUCUUUCAAGACCUUUCUUCGAACUGGAUCUCAUACCUUCUAUGGCACAUUGUCAAAGCUGUCCACCUCAGCAGCACAUUGGUGGGAGGGCAUUCCCUCCAUUAUACUCUGGACUAGGAGCUCCAUAGUACAGAUGCUGCCAGUUCUCCUGUGUACUUGCUGUCAUGACACUCUGACCAUGGAUCUCUUGUGGAUCCAAGGAGAUCUUUUGUCAAAGUUGCAACCGAGAGAUUGAACAGUUAAUGAAAGGAGUGGCUUUGAAUAAUUCUUUUUCCCAAACGGAAAAGACCACAGGGAUAUACAAGGACGACGUGACUGCUUCCUCCUGUUUUUUUUUGUUCAAGUGCUUCCAAAAAGAACAAUGAAAACAGAGAUGACUAGAACUGGCAUGCUAUUGCUGGUUAUAUUUGAAACUAAUGGUAGCUACUAGUCACUCCUACAUGCUUCACAAGUCAGCUACUGUGCCUGGAAUAAUAAUGUCCCGUGUCAGCCUUUGGGCAACGAUUGUUCUAUUGACCCAGCUCGGAAAGGUCUGUGGGGAUUGUUGGCUGAUCGAGGGGGAGAAAGGCUAUGUUUGGCUAGCAAUCUGCAGCCAGAACCAGCCCCCUUAUGAGGCCAUCCCUCAACACAUCAACAGCACCGUGCUGGAUCUCCGCCUCAACGAAAAUAAACUCAAACUCCUCCUGUACAGUUCACUGAGCCGCUUUGGCAACCUGACUGAUCUGAACUUGACAAAAAAUGAGAUCAGCUACAUCGAAGACGGCGCCUUUUUGGUCCAGUCAAACUUGCGGGUGCUGCAGUUGGGCUACAAUAAAUUGACGAAUCUGACUGAGAAUAUGCUCCGGGGUCUAACAAGGCUGGAAUAUAUGUAUGUCCAGCACAACUUAAUUGAGAGCAUCUCGGUCAAUAGUUUUUGGGAGUGCCCCAACCUCAUCAGUAUUGACUUGUCCGCCAACAGGUUGGCGAAACUAGAGAGCAACACCUUCACCAGUCUCAGUGGCCUUAUGGUGUGCGAGCUGGCAGGCAAUCCUUUCAAUUGCUCCUGCGACUUGGUUGGUUUUUUGAACUGGCUCGCCGAGUUUAACAAUGUUACGAAAACGUACGACAGACUUCAGUGUGAGAGCCCAGCGGAGUAUGCCGGUUUCCCUCUCUUGAGCCCAAGGCCAAACAGCAACCACAACGCCAUCAGUCUCCUUGCUUCCUCGUGUCGGAAUGGAGUGAAAGUCGCUCCGUUUUCCACACCCAUGGCUUCCAGAGAUCCCGAAGCCUACUCUUCAGGAAUCAACCCAGCAGAGUUCUCUUCCACAGAACCCAUCAUGGCGUAUACCCUGGACACGUCGAAUAGCCCUACCAUUAAGCUGCACCACGUGACCAUCACUGGGGCAACACUGGUGGUUCAGAUCCCCUCCCCCUACAGCAGGAUGUAUAUCCUGGUGCAGUACAACAACAGUUAUGUUUCUGAUGUAACAAAUCUCCGCAACAGGAAGGAAUAUAUUAAGCUGGAGAAGCUGAAGGCGCAUACAGAUUACACCUUCUGUGUGGCUUCCAUCCAGAAGUCCCAGAGGUUCAACCACACCUGCUUGACCUUUGCAACAAGAGGGCGCAUGAUAACUCAACCGUCCAACUCUUCCACCACAACACAUUAUAUUAUGACGAUUCUGGGAUGCUUGUUUGGCAUGGUAAUUGUCCUGGGUGUGGUUUAUUACUGCUUGCGCAAACGAAGGAUUCAGGAGGAGAAACAGAAGUCUAUCAAUGUCAAGAAGACCAUCUUGGAGAUGAGGUAUGGGCCAGAGUCUGAAACGAGCAGUAUGAUUCAUUCGAUGCAGAAGUUCCAUGAGCAGCCUAUAUCAGUGUCCAGGAUGUCCUCGCUCCCGUCUGUGUCCGGGGAGAAAGGACAGUUCAAACCACUGGAAGUCAACGAGACUCCGAAAGCCACCAAAGGGAACUAUAUCGAAGUCCGUACAGGGGAGGCUGCUGACCGCAAAGAGGAGGAGAUGAAGCAGGCAGAUAAUGGAGAAGGGUCAACAGCAGAAAUCUCCACCAUCGCCAAAGAGGUGGACAAAGUCAACCAGAUCAUCAACAACUGCAUUGACGCUUUGAAGCUGGAUUCUGCGGCUUUCAUCGGUGCCGACUCUGAGAUGUCGAUCGACCGCCAAAUCACGCCUAGCACAUCGUCCUCCCAACUGGAGAGGCCCGGCUUCCUGUCUCCAACUUACAAAGAAGGAGGUUACCCACUGCAGCGGCAGAGCAGUGUGGACACUACCAAGAAACGCUGCAGUAUCUCGUCCAGCGGUUCUGGGAAGAGCACCCGAGUCUUCAGCCUUGACAUGCCUGACCAGGCAUCCAAGACCGAGGCAAAAUACAUCGAGAAGAGCAUCCCCACCCCUACGCCUUUAAAGCGUCUUCCGUCAGUGGCCCAGGGAGAAAUUCAUCGUCUGGAGGUACAGCAAACCUACCACUGCAGUGAACAUCGCCACUCCUUCCCUGCCUUGUACUAUGAAGAACAUGGGGACACUGUAAGCCAGAGGUCCACACUGUUAAAGCCACUCUCCCGUUCCAAAAGGGACUCUGCCUACUCCCAGCUCUCCCCCAGGCACCAGUUCUCCGGAUAUUCCUCCAGCCCGGAGUAUUCGUCGGAAAACAGUCACAAGAUCUGGGAGAGGUUCCGCCCCUAUAAAAAGCACCCUCGGGAGGAGGUGUACAUGGCAGCUGGCCACGCCUUGCGAAAAAAAGUCCAGUUUGCUAAAGAUGAAGACUUGCACGAUAUUUUAGAUUACUGGAAAGGUGUUUCUGCUCAGCAAAAGUUGUGACUGAGCUUAAGACUGAAUUGAUAAGUUUACAAAAAAAAGAACAAACGAAACAAAAGAGGAUUAAUGGGUCCUUUUCAUUUAUUAAGCAUUUCUAAUUCCUGUUUUAUAAGAGCAGUCCAGAAAUCACCCUUAAAAUGUUUCAUUACCAGUUCCUGAUUGCUUCCUCCCACCCACCCUUCCCCUCAGUCUGCUCCUGAUAAUCCAGUCAUAGUUUUUACACUAUAAUAUUUAAUUCAUUUGAUAAUGUUGAUUAAGUGUUACAAAUUGAAGGGUAUUUUCAGCCAUCACUGAACAUGCAUGAUCAAAGUAACGGGAAUGAAAUCAGGAAUCUGUUUUUUUGGGAGAAGCCUUCCUCUGAAGUUAAAAGAAACCCUCAUUUCUGUCAAACAAUGAAAGAUAGGAAGUGUUUCUGGAAAUGUCCUUAUUUGUGUAAUAUUAUUAGGCUCUUUUCAUAUUCCUCUCUUGCAUUGUGUUAGCAGAGAUAUCAAUUGGGAUUAGAACCUUGUUAAAAUAAUGGCCAUCAGACUUCCAUAACCUCUAGUUCUACCAAAAUGCCAACGCUACAUUUCUAGCCAGUUGCACUUGUAAUCUCGGGUGGACAUCUCCCUUGCCAUUCUGAUGUAGAUAUAUUAGCUACAAUUCGGCCACACAUUACAGAAAGCGCCUGUUUUUUGACUCAGUGGCUAAUCUCAUGGGACAACAGUGGUGUAGCUGUGAAAUCGCUGGGUUAGUAGUUCAGCUUCAUGGGCUCAUACUAUCAGGGGCAUGAGUUUAAGUCUCACCGUGUCAUCUGGUGGAGUUCAAAUUCAGUUCAUAAAUAAAAACUAAAUGAAUGCACCUGGAAUUGGAAACUCGUCUCAGUAAUAAUGCCAAUCUAUCAUUGAAGAUAAUAAAAUGUGAGGCUGGAUGAUUUUAUUAUCUUGGAAUUCUCCAGCAUUUGCAGUUCCCAUUAUCUCUGAAUCUAUCAUUGAAUGUGGUUUAAGCCCAUCACUCUUGUCCUUUGGGCAAGGAGAUCCACUACCCUUCCUGCUGUGAAGUACGGGUGACUACAGAUCAAUGGCUGACUUUUAACUCCACUCUGAAACAGCCCACAAAGCUAUUCAGUGCAAGUUAGGGGAUGGACCAUAAUAGCCCCAUGUCCUAUGAAAGAAUCAAAGAAAAAUCCGUAAGUUAAACACCUACCACAUUUCAGGCUGAGUUUGACUGGAAAAAAUCCCAGCCAAUAAGUGAAACACUCCUAUCUGAUUUUAUUCUCUAUUGAAGAGAGAUGGUUAUUGUAAAAUGGAUGUUCUACUCGAUCCCAUUUGGGUUCCAACUUGGUCAGUUAGACUAAAAUAGCCCCCAGUUAUCUUAGAUUGAUGAGCACCCUUCCCCAGCACUUCCUUACAACAUUUCAACCCUGUGUAUCUUAACAAAAUCUCUUGAUGUCUGUCAUUUGCUGUCCAAAAAUAUUUAUAAAAUGUAUUUUUCAAAAACGUUGACACAAAAUGUACUCUUGGGCAAGCAUUUAAGUGUCUUCCUUCUUAACUCCUGGUUAAGUCAGAUGUUUGUGGAUUCAAGGUCCACUCUCCAUUUUCCCACGUGAUUUAGAUUGAUAAUUCAGUACUGAAGGAACGCUGCAUAGCCGAAGUAUGGUUGCGACAUCAAACUGAAAUUCCUUGUAAGAUAGAUGUAAAAGUUCCCGUUACACUUUUUGAUGAAGUACAGAUUAAAUUCUGGACUUUUCCCUUCCUAAUCAAAUUUGGAAGAGUUUGGAUUCGCUCAUCUACUCUUGGCAAGACAUACCAGGCUGUUAAUAACCCUCUGUAGAUCCAAAUUUGGACCCUGCCAAUGUUCCUAUGUUGUUCUCAUAAGCAUUGUGCAGUAGAAUGCUCCUUUAGCAUGCCCGACAAGGGUUUAAGGUGGGGAAAUGGCUGAGAAAAUCUCAUAUUCAUCUCAUGUCAAAGAAAACAUAUCUCCUAUCACCCAUCCAAUUGCUCAUUUGCAAAACCCCUUACAACUGAUAGGAAAGGUGGCAACCAAUAUUUUUAUAUUUGUAAUUUUUUCCCAUAAAAUUGUAAUAAAAUAAUAAAGUUACUAUAAAAUGCAAUGUAAAUAUAGCUUUUGAAAAAUCACAUAUGUAUAUCAUUUUAAUGUUCCAGUACCAUGGAAGGUAUUCAAGUCUUCUCAUCACAUGACUCGUCACUGCUUGAACCUAUUAUAAUGAUAAAGGGCCAAAUGCUCACAGAUAAUUGGAAGACCAUGAAGUAAUUUGUAGUACAAUCAUAACACUCCAGGCCAUACUGAUGGGAUAAAUUCUUUCCACUGCCUGUUGGCUGUGAAGGUCUAAGAUAAAAUGAAAAGACUCAAACCAGUCCCGAUUAGGCAUGUGCCGAAGCUACUACCUCUUAGUCAACACUAAUAGGUAGUUAGUUCGGAAUUCCUCUCAGAGAGGCCAUCGAGAAAUUGGCUUAAAAUGUAGAAGAAUAACCUGCUGGUAGAGUAGUGCACUUCUGAAAUUAGGGCUGAUACUUAUUGUUUGGGCUGGUGUAGAGGGAGCUUUAUUCUAUGGCCAUACCUGUGCCUGGGCAUGUUUCGAUGCCAACACUGGGUGCCAGAAUGGGCAAGUCUUCCAUAUCCCGGCCACCCUAUCUGUUGUCAUGACUAGUAAGAAUUCACUGGGAACCAAAAUGUAUGGUUUGCUAAAACAUUAUGCAAAAUGGAUUAUACCAACAAAUGGAAUCAA